AUGAUCAAAGGUUAUCUAUUGAAAAAAACGAAUUUCUUAAAACAUAUGAAAAACAAGCAUCCAGAACAAAAUGACAAGUACAAUGCAUUCAAACAAAAAAAGAGACGAAUUCGGGAAGGCAAGAAACAAAAUUAUGCGUCCACUUCUGAAGGUAUGUCUGCGUCAUCAUCCUCUACAUCAGUUCCGUUAGGUAACUCUAAAGGACAGAUUUCAUUUAGGCAAACUAAAAUUACCCAAAAAACGUUUGACGAAAGAAUAGUUCGAUUUAUUGUAGAAACUAUGCCUCCAAUCUCUUUGGUAUCGCAUGAAAGUUUCGUAAGAAUUUUUGAGGGAAUGGACGUUAAAGUUAUGAAUAGGUUUGCUGCUGUAACUUGUCACUGGAUAGACCAAGAUUUAUCAAGGCGAUCGGUCGCUAUAGUAUGUCGUAGAUUUGAAGUCACUCAUUAUUUCGACAAAAUUGGGGAACUGUUGAAUGAAAUUCACAGAGGCUAUAAUUUGGAUAAUAAAAAAAAAAUUUUAGCCACUGUUACCGAUAACGGGUCCAAUUUUGUUAAAUGUUUUAAAGAAUUCGGAAUAUUACUUGAUUCACAUUAUAAUGUUGGUAAUGCAGAUGAUCAAACUCAAGAGAGGAAGGGGGAGACCGAAGGAACUUUGCCAGAGUUUGAAAGCAUAAUUGAGUCAACUGAUUUAGAGAGAUCAUUUUCACAAACUAGAUAA